GGGAGGAUCGCCUCAGUCCGUCCGAGGUCUUCGCAUCACCGUGCCAAAGUGGAAAAGUGAAGGAAGCAAGCAAGGUUUCUCGUUUGGCCAUUGCCGCCGCAGCAAUGUCUUCUCCACUUUCCGCCGAUGACGGAGAUAUCUUCGAGCGUCUACAACAACGUACCGACCCAAAAGUGCAGGAAGAGCAGCAGAAAGCUGUCAAUGAACGGGUCAGAGCGAUCUAUGAGAAGGCACAAAAUCGCCUCGGUGAAUUGAUCGACCAAAAUUCCACUCUACCAUGUGUCAUCUCUUCAGUGCAGGUUCAUGGUGCUCGCCAUACCCGCAGAAGCUUUCUGGAGCAGAUAUUCAACCCUCUGCUUAGCAGCAAUCAUACUAGGCCCUAUACGCUCUCGGAAGCCUUGCAGGAAGUAUCGGCACGUGCGGACAAGCUUGGCAGGUUUGAUGUCUUUCAACAGCCGAUCUCGGUAUAUCUCGAUCAGUCAUCACUGGCUGACCCGCAAACUGGUCUCCCGACCAUUGAUGUCCUGCUGUCGGUCAAGGAGAAGUCUCGCGUCUUGCUCAAGACGGGUACUGAUCUUGGAAACGCUGAAGGAUCUGCUUAUGGUAACCUUCUCUGGCGUAAUGUGUUUGGAGGCGCAGAGAACCUGAACUUGAAUGCUUCACUGGGCACCAGAACAAGAUCCGCAUACCAGGCCACCUUCGACACCCCACUUUCCAGCGACCCCGAUUUCCGCUUGGAGCUUGGUGGAAUUGCCAGUGCCACACAAAAGUCUUGGGCAAGCCACGAGGAGGUGCUGAAAGGCGGAUGGAGCAAACUUCGCUGGAUGAGCUCGUCCGGACACCACCAUGAAUUUGGAUACAACGGUUUCUGGAGACAAAUGACUGGCCUUUCGGAAAAUGCAUCCUCUACUGUUCGUGCCGACGCCGGAGACAGCGUGAAGAGCAGCGUCUUCCACAGCUGGACUAACGAUCGGAGGGAUAAUGCGCUCCUUCCGUCGCGGGGCUACUAUGCCAAGGUCUUCAAUGAGGUGGCCGGCUGGGGUCCGCUCAAGGGUGAUGUCUCUUUCUGGAAGUCGGAGAUCGAAACACAAGCUGCAGUCCCCGUCCCCAUCCCUGGUCUCAAAGGCGACAGUGGCGUCAGUUUCACAACUGGAUUCCGUGCGGGACUUUUGUACCCACUCAGGCUUGAUUCCGAUUCUCGACCACAAUUAUCUCGCGUUAACGACCGUUUCCUGCUGGGAGGCCCCACAGAUGUGCGUGGGUUCCGUCUUUGCGGCCUCGGACCUCAUGAUGGAGCGGAUGCGGUUGGAGGGGACGUGUAUGCUGCGGGAAGUGCCAAUUUGCUGCUUCCACUCCCGAGAGUGGGUGCCGACAAGCCUUUCCGUCUACAAGCAUUUGUGAACGGUGGUCGUCUUCUGCCACUUCGCACGGCUGACAAGAAUGUCCCCACUUCCAGUGGUGAGGUGAAAGAUGCCAUGGUAUCGACCAUCUCCGAGCUGGCAAAUGGUUUGCCCAGCGUUGCGGCGGGUGUCGGACUGGUUUAUGCUCAUCCAGUUGCCAGAUUCGAGUUGAACUUCUCUCUGCCACUGGUGUUGCGUAAAGGUGAAGAAGGCCGCAAGGGCCUUCAAAUGGGAAUCGGCAUUAACUUCCUCGUCUUUCUUCACAAAAUUUCUCCUCUCCUCCCGCUUCUCCUCCUGACCUUGGCCGCAAUGGCCCAGUAUUACCCGCAGCAACAGCCUUACGGAGCGCAGGCCUCUGCGCAGAACCUUCAAUUCUACCCAACAUCCUACCAGUCUGUGUCCGGUCAUACAACCCCUUCUCAAGCUUCCUACGGAGGCUUUGGAGGUCCCUCUAAUCCGUCCGCCCAAGCUUAUCCCGUCGGAGGGGUCGGAAGCGGAUAUGGCGGCUUCGGCUCUCCGUCUGCAGGAGUGAGCGGCAGGAUGGGUGAACAGGGCGGUUUACGGACGGGGUGGCUUGCUGCGUUUGGAACAGAAGGGUACGAUGGGGAGCCGCCGCUUUUGGAGGAGCUGGGAGUCAAUUUUGAACACAUUCGCACGAAGACCUUGACCGUCUUGAAUCCCUUUGCUCGCAUUGAUCAGCACCUGAUGGACGACAGCGACCUCUACGGCGCGCUGCUUUAUAUCGUACUCUACGGCACAUUCCUCCUGCUGUCCGGCAAGGUCUUUUAUGGCUAUAUCUACGGCGUCGCGGUAUUCGGCACCGUUGCCCUGCACCUGAUUCUCAGCUUGAUGUCGCCCGCGCUCGACGCGGUUCCCGUGGCCAACGCCGCCGAUCCCACCAACUACUCCCCGCACCACAAACCCACCAUGUCGGACGCCUCGGCCGCCGGCCAUUUCUCUGCAACCCUGACCUUCCCCCGCUCCGCCAGCGUACUUGGCUAUUGCUUCUUGCCUUUGGUGCUGACGAGCUUGGUCGGGAUCCUCAUCCCCAUGGAUACCAUGUUCGGCUAUCUCCUGACCACCGCCGCCGUUGGCUGGUGCACCUACAGCUCCUCGGGCAUGUUCUGCGCCGUCGCCCGUAUGCGCGGCAUGAGAGGCCUGGUGGCGUAUCCGCUGGCACUGUUCUAUGUGGUCUUCGGUAUCAUGGGAAUCUUCUCCUCCCGAGGAAGUGGUACCCUGGCUGCCAAGACGGGCGCUGCCUGACCGAGACUACGGAAUCGAUAUCUGGGGCGCACACUGGAGGCGCAGCCAUCAAAGUCUUUACAUUAGAACGACUAAGCGUUGCACUCAGGCUGUUUGCAAGUCGAACCGCACCUUCGCAGCGAAGGCACCGCUUGGUUGGCUUCGCGGCAGAUUUGUAUGAAUAUCAUGAUUUCUCUCGCUGCUUUAGUUAUACCAUAAGUGCAUCUUCGAGUUUCUGAGCUAGCGGCGUACUUGAACCUUCCUUGGUUGACGGGUCUAGUUACUCUGGUAAAAAAGAAGUAUACUUCGCCAACCCCUUGUCCAGUCCGCAACUUUAGUAUGACUUCGCAUUUUACUGUCAUCACAGGUCUGGGUCGGACAUCCC